ACCCUCAAUAGUUUCAAUUUUUAUUGUUGUUCAGAAUCCAAAAGAGGUUUUCGAUAGCUAGAAACAAUCAAUGUUGUUUUCUUGUAAACCCCUAAAAAUCUCCAAAUUAAAAAUUAGAGUUACUGUUUAUAGAACUCUAAUUUCAAUUCUUUUCCCAAAUGCUGAUGUGGGUUCUGAUGGUCCAGUGACAAGAACAGAAGUAAGUUGAAGAUUAUUUACAUUUCAGGCAAGAUGUGCAAAGAGCUCUUUUGAGGGCUGAUUAUCUAGAUCAAGUGAAUGAUGAUGAUACACAACUCAAUGGAGCUGCCGCUCAAACUUCAUUCUCAUCGGGUGUCAACGAUGGAGUUUCUGAAGCAACAACCAUGACUGGAGGUGGUAAGGAAAAUAACAAAGGUAGUUCUACAAACACUCUGGGUGGAUUAGGAAUGCCCUUCACAGACUUCAAAACACCAUGUGAUUCUUCUUGUUAUUUCCCGAAUUAAAUAAGAAACUAGAAUUCAUUGCCAAUGGCGAAGAUAAGAAAUGAGGGUACGGUUGAAGAAAGAUUCCUUAUGUAAGCAAUAGUAAGAGCAAGAUUGUGUGCAAAAUAACCCUAGCUGAAUUGGUUACAUCACGAGUUUUUUCAGAAUUAUGGGAGAUUUACAUUAUUAUUAAUUUUAAUACUAUAAAAUUAGUUGAGAUAUACAUAAAUAAAUAAAAAAUAAAAAAGAUUGUGUGUAAAAUAAAAAAGAGUGUCCAAGAAAGACUAAAAUCCCCUCGCAGCUACAAACCCGUAGAUUUUCCCUUUAUGAGGAAACUACAGAAGCUGAGAAAUUUUAUGAAAAAACUUUUGUUGAGUAAGAUUCAAGUAUCCGAUUCAAGUUUUCUGGUCUAUAACAAAACUGGCGAGGAAUUAUUUAGUUAUUAAAUUAAAAAUAAUAGCAAACUUGUAAAUAUUUAGAUAUUUUUAAUGGAGUUUUUAAUACCAUAUAAAGUUUUUAUAAAAUUUGAAAAAAAUGUAAAAUAAAAUAAAUUAGUAUUUUUUUCCUAUUAAGCUAUUUACCUAAAUUAAAUUCUUCAAUUCUUCAAUUUUACAAGUUUUUGUUUUUUCAAUUACUGUUAUCAAUCAAAUAUAUAUACGAACACUCUCUGUUAACCCAAAACUAGCACAGGUAUUUAGAAAGACCCAUUUGCCCGACCCGACCCGACCCGCUAAAGUUUCUCUUUUUCUACCACUACAUUUAUCUCCACCUUAAACCCCCGCACGCUAAACCUCCACACUCCUCCUCGGGUUUAGGGUUCUACCACAUCGGGAAUCAAUCCACCACCAUGACCCGAUUCCAAAAUGGAUCACGCCUCCUCUCCUACACCUUCUCCCGCUCCAAAACGAAGUCCUCAGUGUCUCCAACCACCGCUCUCCUCCAGGGCAACUUCCAAAUCCAGCACUCCCGCCACUUCUCCAACCUCGCAAGCGCCACCACAAAAGAAGAAAAGGAGCCAUGGUGGAAGGACUCGAUGGACCGAUUAAGAAAUAUUGGUAUCUCAGCUCAUAUCGAUUCCGGUAAAACCACACUCACUGAACGCAUACUGUUUUACACUGGUCGAAUUCACGAGAUUCAUGAGGUUCGCGGCCGUGAUGGCGUUGGGGCCAAGAUGGAUUCCAUGGAUUUGGAGAGAGAGAAAGGGAUCACUAUUCAAUCCGCUGCUACUUACUGCACUUGGAAUGGAUAUCAGGUGAAUAUAAUUGAUACACCAGGACAUGUGGAUUUUACAAUAGAGGUGGAGAGGGCACUGAGAGUGUUGGAUGGUGCAAUUCUGGUUUUGUGUAGUGUGGGCGGAGUGCAAAGUCAGUCUAUUACUGUGGAUAGGCAAAUGAGGAGAUACGAGGUGCCUAGGCUUGCUUUUAUUAAUAAACUUGAUCGAAUGGGAGCUGAUCCUUGGAAAGUUUUGAACCAGGCAAGGUCUAAACUAAGACAUCAUAGUGCAGCAGUUCAAGUUCCAAUUGGGUUGGAAGAGGAUUUUCAAGGCCUUAUCGAUCUUGUAAAAAUGAAAGCUUAUUAUUUCCAUGGCUCAAAUGGUGAAAAAAUUGUCACUGCAGAAAUACCAGUUGAGAUUGAGGCCUUGGCUGCAGAAAAACGGCGUGAACUAAUAGAAACAGUUUCUGAAGUUGAUGAUAAACUUGCAGAUGCUUUUCUCGCAGAUGAAUCUAUUUCAACCUCUGACCUUGAGGAGGCAAUUCGCAGGGCUACUGUAGCAAAGAAAUUUGUUCCUGUAUUCAUGGGCAGUGCAUUCAAGAACAAGGGAGUGCAGCCACUUUUAGAUGGUGUACUUAGCUAUUUGCCUUGUCCCCUUGAAGUUAGUAACUAUGCUCUUGACCAAACCAAGGAUGAAGAGAAGGUUGUCUUGUCUGGAACUCCAGAUGGACCACUUGUGGCAUUGGCUUUUAAAUUAGAAGAAGGGCGUUUUGGUCAGUUGACAUAUCUAAGAAUCUAUGAGGGUGUAAUUCGCAAGGGUGAUUUUAUAGUUAAUGUUAACACAGGCAAGAAGAUCAAGGUUCCUCGCUUGGUUCGGAUGCACUCUAAUGAAAUGGAGGACAUUCAAGAGGCACAUGUUGGGCAAAUAGUUGCUGUAUUUGGUGUUGAUUGUGCUUCAGGUGAUACUUUCACAGAUGGAUCAGUUAGAUACACUAUGACAUCUAUGAAUGUCCCUGAGCCAGUUAUGUCACUGGCCAUUCAACCAGUUUCAAAAGACUCCGGAGGACAAUUUUCAAAAGCUUUGAAUCGUUUUCAGAAAGAGGAUCCCACUUUCCGUGUUGGCUUGGAUCCUGAGAGUGCUCAGACCAUAAUUUCUGGAAUGGGAGAGUUGCAUUUGGACAUAUAUGUGGAACGGAUUAGGAGAGAGUACAAGGUUGAUGCAAGUGUUGGGAAACCUCGUGUGAACUUCAGGGAAACCAUUACUCAGCGUGCUCAAUUUGAUUAUUUACAUAAGAAGCAAAGUGGAGGGCAAGGACAAUAUGGACGAGUAUGCGGGUACAUUGAGCCAAUUCCACAAGGGUCAAUGACUAAGUUCGAGUUUGAUAACAUGAUCGUGGGACAGGUUAUACCAUCAAAUUUUAUUCCUGCAAUUGAGAAGGGCUUCAAAGAAGCUGCCAAUUCUGGUUCUUUAAUAGGGCACCCGGUAGAAAAUCUUCGAAUUGCUUUGACUGAUGGUGCUGCCCAUGCUGUGGAUUCUAGCGAACUUGCAUUUAAAUUAGCAGCAAUAUAUGCUUUUAGACAGUGUUACGUUGCUGCAAAACCUGUGAUACUGGAACCUGUAAUGCUGGUGGAACUGAAAGUACCAACAGAGUUUCAGGGUACAGUUGCAGGUGACAUUAACAAGAGGAAAGGUGUGAUAGUUGGAAAUGACCAGGAUGGGGAUGACUCUAUAAUAACAGCCCAUGUGCCUUUGAACAAUAUGUUUGGUUACUCGACUGCUCUACGUUCAAUGACGCAGGGGAAAGGGGAAUUCACAAUGGAAUAUAAAGAACAUUCAGCUGUCUCUCAGGAUGUGCAAAUGCAAUUGGUAAACACCUACAAGGCCAGCAAGACAGCUGAAUAGGAGAAGAUUUCCAUAAAAUCAUAUGCCCCUGUAGUCCUUACACAAGCCCCAUGGGGUUUUUGUAUUUUUUUGAUGACCAAGUCUACUGUUAUAGUAAUAUUCAUUAGUUCGAUCAGAUUUGGAUCAAUCAGUUUUGGAAUAUGCCGUGGGGCACUUUCUUCAAUAUUCUUGUUAUAAUAAUGUUUAUUGUAUUAUUUUAUUAAUGAGUUAAGAUUUUAAAGAGUUUAAGAAUA